AAAAAGCCAUUGAUAGGAGAUCCUCCACUCUCUCCUAUUGCAUUAAUGGAUAUACCAGAUGAUAGACCAAAAGUAUCUGAAUUGAUAGAGUUUCAUGAGUUAUUGAUCAAAGGACAACUGGAGGAGUCUCUACCACUGCUUGAUGCUGAUACUAUAAGAAAGAUUAGAAAUGCUUUUAAUGAUCAUGAAGGAAUGUCUCUUCUUAUAAGAGCAUUUGGAGAACAUCCAACACUGCUACAUGAAAUGAGAGUAGCCACUGGAAAAAUAAAAGUAGUACCAUCAUCAUCAUCAUCAGCUCCACAUGAUCCAACAGGAACAGUACUGCAAAAUAAGGAGGGGAAGAAAGAUCCAUCAUCAUUCAAACCAAUGGAAGGAUCAAUGUCACCAGAAUACAUUACAAUGAAAGAGAUGUUAGCUGAUCUUGUUGACCUAUUGGCAGGAAAUGCUCCAGUUAUUUCACAAUUAAAUAAUCAUCUCUUUUCAUGUGAUCUCAUUCCUAAAGCAGUACAUGUUACUGUUGGAACCACUGGACUCACUCCUUAUGAUAGAGCUAAUAAAAUAUUCUCUUCAGUACUAGCAACACUUGAGUGUCAUCCUAAUCCUAACAGUGUGUUCUCUUCUCUCAUUAUGUCACUACAGAAAGUAGGACUAAAGAACAUGGUAUCUAAACUAAUGGAAAAAUUAAAAAUGAAAAGUGGUCAUGUUGAUCCUAAUCUAGAGCAGCAACCAUCAGUCAGUAAGGGACCACUUCAACCAGUGGAUGUCACUGCACAAUCUCACACACCACAACCAACAAUCACUGGAUCACAAUCAUCUACUCCUACUACUGUCAUUGAGCUCAGUUCAAAGAGUGAAGUUGCUGCCAACAUUAAAAGUCUUCAUUCUCGUUUUGCAUCUCUCAAUGUUAAAAUGAGAAAUCAAAUUGUGAAAAUUGUGCAAAAAGGUGAAGUUGAGCUUAUAGAUAUAGCUAGGAGUGCAGCUGCUUAUUUAAGCAUUGAAGUAUCGAGUUUAAAGUAUGGCAAUGUUGAUGAACUAUUUGAUUCUCUUAAGCCUCAUUAUGAUUUCUUUAACUGUGAUGGUGUACUUAAACAGUUGACAGACACUUACCUUUCAAAUGCACAAACUGAACUAACUGAAUACAUUGAUAGUGUUGAUGAUUUCUCAGAAUCAUCACAAUUGAAGCACAUACGAUCAGUUAUUGAUAAAGAAGCUCCAUUUUUAGAUUCGCCAACUACUAAACCAAUUGUUAUCAAACUGAAUGGACGAUGGGAUGAAAUGACAAUCAAGAACUUCAAAAGUGUUCUUCAGUAUUACUUUGAGCCAGAAAUUGAAAAUCUUUUUAGUCAUAUUUCCAUCAAGAAAGGUUCAGUCAUUGUGACACUGUUAAUACCAACCUCACUAUCACAGUCUCUUAUUGAUGCUAUCAAUAACAAAACAAACUCAAUGAGUAGAUUAGGAAUAUUGGAAGUUGCUGUUGACAAUAAAGCGAUUCCUAUCAGAAGAGAAGACAAUAACAAUUUUGAUGUUUCACUCCAUGAAUCAGUUAAAGCUGGUGAUAGUUUUGAAGUAUCAAUGCUACUGCAGUUAGGAGCUGAUCCUAACAGUAAAGAUGAGAGAGGAAAGAGUGCAGUAGAGAUAGCUAUGGAAGGAGGAAACACUCAAAUAAAAGAAAUACUACUAACUGGUGGAGGUGAGUUAUUUGAUACUAAUAUUAAUACACACACAUAAUAUACCAUUAAUACAGUAAACCCUCUAUUAACAAACACUC